AUGGUCAAUAGAUUUCCACCCCGCCCUAUUGCUGAGCUAGACAGGUCUGCUCCAGCUCAGCCACCCACUGAAGGGACAGAAGGGACCGCCCCGGGUGGGGGUCCCCCUGGUCCUCCUCCUAACAUGACCAGUAACAGACGACUACAGCAAACCCAGGCACAGGUGGAGGAGGUGGUGGACAUCAUGCGUGUGAAUGUGGACAAGGUCCUGGAGAGGGACCAGAAGCUAUCAGAGCUGGAUGACCGAGCUGAUGCCUUACAGGCGGGAGCAUCACAAUUUGAGAGCAGUGCUGCCAAACUAAAGAGGAAGUAUUGGUGGAAAAACUGCAAGAUGAUGAUCAUGCUGGGAGCUAUCUGUGCCAUCAUCGUGGUAGUUAUUGUAAGACGUGCCAGGGAGACUGUUUUUCCACCUUCAGUCCAUAUGGGUCAGGUAGCCAAUGAACCUCCUCCCCAUGAAUCAAAUGGGUUGGUAUUUAACAUAGCUCUGGCCAAUGGGAUUUUAUUUUCCUACACACAAGCAAGUCUUCAGACAUGGGAAAGUGACCCAAACUAA